ACAUCACCCCAGUCAUGUGAUAGAAAAGCACCAAUGGAGGCAGGUCCUGGAAAGGGGAACAGUUAAAUUUGUAAUUUGGGUUGUGUGAAACACUUCUUUGGGCCUCAUAAACAACCACAGAACCACAAGUUGGGCACGGAGGCAGUCACCCAAGAGCGGGUCCGGGAUAUUGGUCAGCAGGGAGGGCGAAUCGUUGUGCCUGCAAACCACAGGGUUUCGGAGGCUGGUGGAAGGAACCCUAAAUUCCCUCCCAGUGAAGAGAGAGUGAGUUUUAAAGAGGAAACAAUGGCUUCGAACAGCAUAUUUGAGUCACUUCCUUCUUACCAGCACUUCUUGAGAGAUACCAGCACCAGCCGCCGCUUCACGCCGCCCUCCACCACGCUGAGCCCGGGGAAGAUGAGCGAGCCGCUGGCGCUGCCCGGAGCCGAGCACAGCGGCGCUUUGCCGGGGAAGCUGCGCGCCGCCGACCGCAGCAUGGUGGAGGUCCUGGCGGAUCACCCCGGGGAGCUGGUGCGCACCGACAGCCCCAACUUCCUCUGCUCCGUGCUGCCCACGCACUGGCGCUGCAACAAGACGCUGCCCAUCGCCUUCAAGGUGGUGGCCCUGGGGGAUGUCCCUGAUGGGACCCUGGUGACGGUGAUGGCCGGGAACGACGAGAAUUACUCGGCGGAGCUGCGCAACGCCACGGCCGCCAUGAAGAACCAGGUGGCGCGGUUCAACGACCUGCGCUUCGUGGGCAGGAGCGGCAGAGGGAAAAGCUUCACUCUGACCAUCACAGUGUUCACAAACCCUCCCCAAGUUGCCACGUACCACAGAGCCAUCAAGAUCACCGUGGAUGGACCUCGGGAACCCCGAAGACAUCGUCAGAAACUAGAUGAGCAGACAAAGCCCGGCAGCUUGUCCUUUUCUGAGCGCCUGAGCGAGCUGGAGCAGCUGCGUCGCACGGCCAUGAGGGUCAGCCCACACCACCCAGCCCCCACACCCAACCCUCGAGCCUCCUUGAACCACAGCACAGCUUUUAACCCUCAGCCUCAGAGUCAGAUUCAGGACACCCGGCAGGUGCAGCCCUCGCCGCCCUGGUCCUACGAGCAGCCCUACCAGUACCUGGGCUCCAUCGCCACGCCCGCCGUGCACCCCGCCACGCCCAUCUCGGGGGGGGGGGGGGGGGGGACGCCAUCCUCUCACGCUUCUCUCCCUCACCGCGCAGGAGCCUCGGACCUGACGGCGUUCAGCGACCCUCGGGUGGGGAUCGAGCGCUCCUUCCCGGCCCUGCCGUCCAUCUCCGACCCCCGCAUGCACUACCCGGGCGCCUUCACCUACACUCCCACCCCGGUCAGCUCGGCCAUCGGCAUCGGCAUGUCGGCCAUGUCCUCGGCCUCGCGCUACCACACCUACCUCCCUCCGCCCUACCCCGGCUCCUCCCAGCCCCAGGGCGGCCCUUUCCAGGCCGGCUCUCCAUCUUACCACCUCUACUACGGCACCUCGGCCGGCUCCUACCAGUUCUCCAUGAUCUCGGGCGGGGACCGCUCUCCGCCGCGCAUCCACCCGCCCUGCACCAACGCCUCCACGGGCUCGGCGCUGCUCAACCCCAGCCUGCCCGGCCAGAGCGACGUGGUGGAGGCCGAGGGCAGCCACAGCAACUCGCCCACCAACAUGGCCAGCACGGCCCGGCUGGAGGAGGCCGUGUGGAGGCCGUACUGAGGGAGGAGGAUCAGGAGCAGCCCAAAGGUCAGGACUAAAGGAUUUCCCGUUCUCCCGGCGCCCGCGAGGAUUCCAGAAACUUCCACGCGGGGCCUUGCUGCGUCGGCCCGCGAGUUUCGCGAGAGAACCUUUCCCAGGAGCGGCGGCGCUCGUUGCCAGGCCCUGGUGGGGUUUUGGUGGGAUAGUUUAUCACUCCAGCCAAGUAUUGCCGGCAGGAGAAGGUUCUGGAAAGGAGGAGGCCGCGGUUGGCGCUGCAGAGGUGGCGAGUGUGGGUUUCCCAGCCUGAUUCCAGGCCUGCGGCUUCCCAACGCGCCUGGGCUUGAAGGUCU